AUGAUCCUUAAAGAACCGUUAAAGAACACAAUACCAAGAAUUCUAAAUAGACAAGGCCAUUAUAUCCAACCCCAUCACCAUACCAGCCCCUACAUCACCAUACCAACGUCAGCUUCACUAUACCAAUCCCAGACGUCACUAUACCAUCCCAGACGUCACUAUACCAUCUCCAACAUCAUCAUACCACCAUCUACGUCACCAUACCAUCAUCUAAGUCACCAUACUAAUUGCAACAUUACCAUACCAACCCCCAACGACCACCAAACAGCCAUCACCAUACCAAACCGCAGCCGUGAUUUGCCAAUGACACCAUACGACACUAUAACAAGGGGGCUGGCCUGUCCCACACGCACAGCAGACCGCGGCAGUAAAGUUGCAGCUGCAAUAGGGUCCUAUGUGGCUACGUUGCAAGAGGCAGAACUCGCACUAGACUAUGGCCCAGUGAUCUUGCAACAUCCUGCAACGGAUGCAUAUUCUUUUUUUCGGUCCAGAAACCCCGACAGAAAGGAGAGUCUCGUUAUCAAGCCCCAGGGGAAGAUCCAGACAGUGUUCAAGAGUGAUAGCUUCUUCGUCUCCUGCUCCAGCGACGCCGAUAACGUCCAGAGGGUCAUGUGGACUGGACCUGAAGGGCAGCAGAUCACCGACUACCGGGGCAGCGUGCCAUAUAACGAGAUUCCAAGGAUCCACGUUGAGGAUGGCAGGUCAGGUCAUAAGGGCGUUGACCUCAUAUUCUCAAACAUCAGUAGGACGGAUCGUGGAAAAUACACCUGUUCUGCCAACGUUGACGGUGUUGAGCAGGAACGUUCGUUUGACCUGGUUGUUCUGAAGCACCUCGACUUCAUGGACACGCCCGUCACCCAGUUCCUCGAGGAAGACCACGACUCCGUUCUGCGCUGCGACGUGGACGGCGACCCCGCUCCGAGGGUGUCCUGGCAUAUCAACAACAGGAAGGUUAAUUUCGGCAAGAAAUACGAGAAAGGGACCGAGCACCCCAACGACCUUAUCGUCCGCAACGCCACCCUUGAAGACGCAGGCCAGUACAAGUGCGUGGCUUUGCAGCUCUCCAACUACACCUCUGAGGUCAAGGACUUGGUGAUUGAGGUCAAAGUUCACCACAAACCCCAAUGGAGCGACAACGACCUCAUGGCCCAAGCUUACGGCUACGUAACGGGCGACGUGAACCUGACUUGCGAGGCCGUAGCUGAACCGCACGCGAACUUCACCUGGAUUAAGGACAACCAAGUGAUUGAACCCAACGAGACGGUUCAGAUCAUCAACGAGGACCACAAGAGCGUCCUGAGGCUGAAGGUGACUGACGUGGACAUGUUUGGCGACUACGUGUGCAAAGCGGAGAACAAGCUGGGAACUCUUGAAAGGGUCAUUAUCCUUGAGGAAGGGAAGAAACCAGCUGUUCCCAGUGCCAAGGUGAGACUCAAAUAA